UUUAGCCUGGAGUGCAAGAUGGAAAAUCGACCAUCAUACAGGCAGACAGUGGCUGGAAAGGGCAAGAUCCCCCCCCCCUGCCCAAACUCACAACGUUUUACUUUUACAUGGAAGAAUGACUUCAGAAUCCAAUAUUUAUAAUCCACACUGUCAUCAAAUCUCUCUGUACUUCUGUGUGUUUGUAUGUCUCAUCAUCAUUCAUUAUCUAUUAUGCAGGCUCAACCAGCCACCACAAGUCAUCUGUAGCCGCCAAGCAGCCACACAAGAAGCGAGUGUUCUCAACAUGUGCGGCCUUAGAUGGUGAAAUGUUGAAGAGGCUCAUCCAAAAAGAUGAGCAGCGAAGGAUCAGGGAACAGCGCAACUCUAGAAAAGGUUGGCUGAGGGCAUGGGGUGCUCUGCAGGACUGGAUGCAUCAGCUGUUCAGGAUCAUUGUUGCCUUCACAGAAGACCCCAUGUUUGACAAGUUCAUCCUGUUUGUGGUGGUGCUCAACACAGGGACCCUGGUGGCCCAGACAUUUGAAAGUGUGACUGUGAGAGGAGGGUGGUUCUUCUCAGCUUUGGAUUCCGCUUUUCUGGCAAUCUAUUUAAUGGAAUGUGUGCUGAAAUUGCUUGUCUGGGGUCGACUCUACUUCAAAAACCCAUGGAAUGACCUGGACUUUUUCAUCAUUACGAUGAGCCUCAUUGACUUCCUGCUGCCACUCAUUGAGUCUACAGGGAACUUCAGUGGAGGUCAGGCAUCCACAAUCUUCCGCAUCCUCAAGCUCUUCAAAGGGGUCCGGGCCAUCCGAGCGUUCCGGGUCUUGCGUACCAUCCGCUUUCUCCAAAAUCUCCAGUCCAUCGUGUCCACCUGUCUCCAGUCUCUCCAGUCUAUGGGGGCCAUCAUCAUCCUCAUGUUCACAUUCCUCUUCAUGUUUGCUGUCCUUUUCCGAGAGAUGUUCAACGAGUCUGACCCGCAUCGCUUUGGCACCAUGUUUCGGACUAUUUUCACUCUGUUCCAGCUGCUCACGUUGGAUGACUGGGCUUUCAUCUACUCUACCAGCCGAGACAACGGUGCACCACAUAUUAUCAUCUUCCUUGUCCUGUACAUUGUGGUGGAAUACUUCACUUUCCUCAAUCUAUUCAUUGCUGUCCUCGUCGACAACUUCCAGAUGACAAUCAAGAGACGGAUGGCGUCAAAGAUCCAAAAGUUCCAGGAUAUAUAUGAGAGCGAGAUGCAGUCAAUGAAGAAGUUAGAGCCCCAGCCCAUUGAACCACAGACCGAUGAGGAGUUCUAUGAAGAGGCCCUCAAAUUGACCUAUAGUGAAAAUAAGUAUGGAAAGAGGGAGAUAGAGCUGAUCACCAGCUACCUCAGACUGCUGGCAUCCAUAGAUCAGAACCAGCAGACUUUCCGCUCUCAGGGCUGUGUUCUGGAGCGUCUCAUUGACACCUUCUUUGAGGCAACAGAGGAGGACAGUCAGGGGAAUGACCACGAAUAG